UGCGGCCGUCGGGGGACGUUGGCCAUGGCGGCCCUGCGGCCUUCGAGGAGGGUACUUGUCCCUCCGCUUUGCCGCGCCUUCGCUGGCCCCGGCUGUCAGCUCGCCCCCGAGCGCGGCGCGGAGCGCAGGGAUGCGGCGUCCGGCCGGGUCUCAGGAUUCUGCCCUCCAAGAAAAUCUUGCCAUGAUUGGAUAGGACCCCCAGAUAAACAUUCAAACCUUCGACCCGUUCACUUUUACAUCCCCGAAAACGAAUCACCGUUGGAACGAAAGCUAAGACAGUUAAGACAAGAAACACAAGAAUGGAACCAACAGUUCUGGGCAAACCAGAAUUUGACAUUUCGUAAGGAAAAAGAAGAAUUUAUUCGCUCGAGAUUAAAAGCUAGAGGCCUGGAACCUAGAGCUGGAUCAGCCUGGCCAGGAUCUGUUCAGGAUAGAGAGCUGGGGAAGCUGGACCGCACUGGUGGCAGGCUCUGCCGUUGGCUGUCAACAAGGUGCUGUCUUGGCGGGCUGGAGCCGGCGGGAAAGGAUGCUGGGUCCUGACAGUCUUGAUGGCCACUUACCUACUUCCUGUCCUUAUGGACUUGCCUGUUCCGGACCUUUCCAGAUAAAUGGAAACGUAUAAUAUGUGGCCUUUGUGUCUGCUUUCGCUCUUUCUGUCUUUUUUCUUUUUAAGAUUAUGUUUGUUUAUUUGAAAGAGGGACAGUGCGUGCGAAUAGCAGGGCGGUGGGGGGAGCAGAGGGAGGGGGACAUGCAGACUCCGUGCUGAGCGCAGGGCCUACCGUGGGUUCAAGUCAUGAACCAAAAUCGAGUCGGGCAUUUAACCAGCUUAGCCACCAGGUGCCCGUAUGUCUGCCUUCUUUCACUUAAGUGCAUGUUUUCAGGUUUCGUCCAU